AUGGCACUUAUCCACAUUGUCUUGUUCAAGUUUCGCCCUGAGACCAGUGACGAACACAAAGCGACGUUUGUCACUGAAGGUAACUUCAACGUACAUGUUUCCCUACAAGACCUCUGUUUCUUCGACUUCAACGUCGACCCUGAAGACGAAUAUAUGUGCAAGUUCCUUAAGAAGUCGUUCACUGGAGGAACAACAAAUGCUAUUGACGGCAUUCAGACGCUGCCAGAGAGUGGUACUGAGUCAACCACAUGCGCAAAGCUCUAA